AUGCCCUCCGAUGCAGAACUCUCAAACCAUUUAGACUUAAAAGAAUCGACAGACCCUCCUGGAGAAUCUACCAAUGAAACAACAACUAGUAGUCCCGAGCCGUCCACAUGCUUUGAUCCAAAUGUUGUCCAGAUCAUCUAUAAAUUAUCGCGAUUGCCAGAUACUGUGAUCAAAAGAUAUGAUUUCACCAAGAACAGAAGCCAAAUGGCAGCAAUGGUACGAAGAAGUUGAAUCAGAUGUAGGGUCUGAGUUAUAUAAAUGACGCUGCCUCUGAACACAGUUUGCAUGAUACUAAUACGGAGCAAUCCUCGGACUCUGAUGACGAGGAUAUUUGUUUACCUUUAUCUC